GUAGAAUUAUAGAAAGAGAAAUUGGGGAAAAAAUUGUGUCAAACAAAAAAAAGUAUACAUUGUAAUUAAAAAUCAAAGAAAAAAAAUGUUUUCCCAGAUUUCAGCAACACUCUCUCACACCUCCUCUUCCCUCACCGCCACAACCGCCUUCUCCCUCCGAUCCUUUUGCCGACCCAAGUUCCGUUUCCGCCCCUCCAAACCCUCGUAUUCGCAGAAGCGGCGCCAGUUCUCCGCCGUCGUUUCAAUGGACGGAAGUUCUUCUCCCCCCUCCGCCGCCUCGGUUGACUCUAUUUCCGAAGAUUUGAAGAAUCAGAUGUUGGGAAAUCAAAGCGGCGAGAAUUUAGGUCGCGAUAGUGUUGACAAUGGGGCGCAGAUUGAUAGUAUUAGCCAGAAUAGGGUUAAGUUGAAGCUGGAGGAAUUGAAGUGGGACCACUCGUUUGUUCGUGAGCUGCCCGGUGAUCCCAGAACCGAUUUGAUCCCUAGAGAGGUCCUGCAUUCUUGUUAUACAAAAGUAUCUCCAUCUGUUGAGGUCGAUAAUCCUCAACUUGUUGCAUGGUCAGAUUCAGUUGCAGAGUUACUCGAGUUGGAUCCAAAAGAAUUUGAGAGGCCUGAUUUUGCAGAGAAGUUAUCUGGGUCAUCACCUUUAGCUGGAAUGAUGCCUUACGCUCAGUGCUAUGGAGGACACCAGUUUGGAAUGUGGGCUGGACAAUUGGGUGAUGGUAGAGCAAUUACUCUAGGAGAGGUUCUUAAUUCUAAGUCUCAGAGGUGGGAAUUGCAGCUUAAGGGUGCUGGAAAGACCCCAUACAGUAGAUUUGCUGAUGGUCUUGCUGUACUACGUAGUAGUAUCCGAGAAUUCCUCUGCAGCGAGGCAAUGAAUAGUCUGGGAAUUCCAACAACACGUGCACUGAGUCUAGUGACAACUGGAAAUUAUGUCACUCGAGACAUGUUUUAUGAUGGUAAUCCAAAGGAUGAGCCUGGAGCAAUUGUUUGCAGAGUUUCUCAAUCCUUUCUUCGAUUUGGUUCAUACCAAAUACAUGCUUCAAGAGGGGGAGAUGAUCUUGGCCUUGUUCGCACUUUAGCUGAUUAUGCUAUUCGGUAUCACUUCCCCCACCUAGAGAACCUUAGCAAAAGUGAUAGUUUAUCCUUCAGCGUUGGUGAAGGUGAUGAGUCAGUUGUGGAUUUAACUUCGAACAAGUAUGCAGCUUGGGUAGUUGAAGUUGCUGAGCGUACGGCCUCACUAGUUGCCAAGUGGCAGGGUGUUGGCUUUACACAUGGAGUGUUGAACACAGAUAACAUGAGUGUACUUGGACUCACCAUUGAUUACGGUCCUUUUGGUUUCUUGGAUGCUUUUGACCCCCGUUACACUCCAAACACUACCGAUCUUCCAGGCAGAAGGUACUGCUUUGCAAAUCAACCCGAUAUUGGUUUAUGGAAUAUUUCUCAGUUCGCCACUACUAUCGCUGCUGCCCACUUAAUCAACGACAAGGAGACUAAUUACGCCAUGGAGAGAUACGCAACGAAGUUUAUGGACGAGUAUCAAGCUAUAAUGACCAAAAAGAUCGGGCUGCCAAAGUACAACAAGCAGUUGAUCAACGAGCUUCUUAAAAACAUGUCCAUCGAUAAAGUCGACUACACAAAUUUCUUUCGACUGCUUUCGAAUAUCAAAGCUGAUCCCACAAUUCCAGAAGAUGAACUGUUGAUCCCUCUGAAGGCUGUUCUGUUGGAUAUGGGCAAGGAGCGCAAAGAUGCAUGGACUAGCUGGCUCAAAUCCUACGUCCAAGAGCUUUCUACUAGUGGCAUUUCGGAUGAGGAGAGAAAAAAGUCGAUGGAUUCAGUAAAUCCGAGAUACAUACUUAGAAAUUAUUUAUGCCAAAGUGCGAUAGAUAUAGCAGAGCAAGGCGAUUUUGAAGAGGUUCGUCGUUUAUUAAAGGUGAUGUCAAGGCCAUAUGAGGAUCAACCUGGAAUGGAGAAGUAUGCACGUUUGCCCCCUGCUUGGGCUUAUCGUCCAGGCGUGGGCAUGCUUUCUGUUCUUCUUGAUCAGUUCAUGACAUUACAGACCACCGAAGAGAGAGAAAGAGAUACAUAGUAUAUAUAUAAAGGUAAUAUGGUACAUAGAAAAGCAUGUAUGCUGUUUUUUGCUUUUGUAAUAACAUGUGUACUCUUGUAGCCCUUGCAUGCCUUUUUAUUUUGUUUUGUCUUCUUUUUGUGUAUGGAUUCAUAUAGGUGAUAUUUUUAAUUUUUGUUGUGCUAAUUUUGCUUGGGAGAUAUUUAUUCAAGUAUUCUUUUGCUGGA